UGCCAUCGUUUCUUCGUUAUAUAAGGAGCGUCCCCCUCCGCUUCACUCCCUCACCCCCAACUCCCCCUACCUGCCUCUUCCAAUCAACACACCACACAAAAAUCUAGCUUCCUCGAGCAACAAAGCAUUCUUGCCUCCAGUGUUGCAACACUAUACUCAUCAAUUCUCUGCUUGCAAUUGUUUUCUUGUGACGACAAAGAGCAAGAGAGUGAGAGAGAGAUGGAGAGCAAUGGAGGCCUGGUGGUGACGGAACUGAGCCACAUCAAGGAGCUGGUGAGGCAGCUGGAGGUGCACCUGGGCCGGUCGCCCGAGCUCUGCAAGCAUCUGGUCUCGCAGAUCUUCUUCCUCACCGAGAGGUCCAUCGUCAUGAUCACCUCUUCCAACCUCGACGGCGGCCGGAAGCGGUCCGCAGCCGACGCCGGCCUCGCAUCGGCGACGCCUAGUCCCCUCAGUAACGUCGCGGACGUGCCUUUCAAGACCAUCAAGAAGAGGAAGAUGAUGGAGAAGCGGAAGCAUCAGGUGAGGGUGAACUCCGCAGGAGGCGGCGAGAGCCGGGUCGACGACGGCCACAGCUGGAGGAAGUAUGGCCAGAAGGAGAUUCUUGGAGCCAAGCACCCAAGGGGUUACUACCGGUGCACGCACCGCCACUCCCAGGGAUGCGCGGCGACGAAGCAGGUGCAGCGCACUGACGACGACCCGGCGCUCUUCGACGUGAUCUACCAUGGCAAGCACACAUGUGUUCAGAGGGCGGCGGCGGCGGGGGCAGGGCAGCCGGCCGCGGCCACGCAGUCGCCGGAGCACAACCCGGAUGCGCACAGCCUCCUGCAGAGCCUGAGCGCGAACCUGACAGUGAAGACUGACGGGCUGAGCAUGGCGGUGGAGCCACAGGGCUGGAGCACCGCCAGUGCCACGCCAUUCUGCUUCUCCUCGACGCCGGCCAGCGGCGACCUCGCGCGGGAGUGGAGCACGUUCUUUGCAGCAUCGACGCCGGAAAACUGGGGCGUGUCGCCGGCAACCUCGGACUCUAACAACGUCGUCUCCUUACCGCCGUUGGAUGCCGCCGAACACGCCGAGUGGCGAGCACAGUCCGAACACCAAGAAAUGGUGUCCGCACUCGUCGAGGCCGCCACAAGCGCGCCGGAGCCCACCGUGGACAUGGACUUCGUCGACGAGUUCUUCAACCUCGAUCCAAGCAUCGAAAACCUCGAUCCAAGCAUUUUAAGCUACUUUGCCAAUCCAUAAGUACCUGAUGAACAGUAGGGAAUUGAUCAUCAGGUUAUGUGACACCCCUCUGGGCUCUGGCGUUUGUCCAGGGACAGAGGAGGAAAGAGCACUAGUACUUCUUCCUGGGUCAGUGCUGGUGUAAACCUUAGGAGAUAGGCAUAGUAGACUCCUUUCUCUCUAAUUUUUUGGUUGAGGUUGUAAAUUACACGGCUUUGUGUUGGGGCUUUAAACUAGACAACCAUGAAUGUUUAAUUGUUUAUGGCAGUAAUUUGGACGUUUUUGGAUA